AUGCUUCCGCUAGGGCACGUACCUUUGCCAACCAAUCAGGUUCCAGUUCGGUCUCUGGUCUAGGGUGGGAGUUGUUUUCAAACAAACAGUUCACAAAUGUUCUAGAAUGCCAGUUCACAAACGUUCUGGAAUGUUGGAGUUUGCAAUGAAUGUAUAUAAUAGCUCUCAGCCGAUGAGUGUAAGUUUUAGAAACGUGUGUGUUGCGCUGUAGGAAGGUUCACCUUGUUGGAAUCUGAGCUAACCUGAAUAAUGGCACCUAAAGCGCCUGCUGUGGGGAUAGACCUUGGAACGACGUAUUCUUGUGUUGGUGUUUGGCAGCAUGGCAAAGUUGAGAUAAUUGCAAAUGACCAGGGAAACAGAACGACUCCAAGUUAUGUUGCAUUUACCGAUGCGGAGAGACUAAUCGGCGAUGCUGCUAAGAAUCAGGUGGCGAUGAACCCUGAAAACACAGUAUUUGAUGCCAAACGUCUCAUUGGUCGGCGAUUUGACGACACAAAAAUCCAGGCCGAUAUCAAGCAUUGGCCGUUCAAGGUCGUGAACGAUGGAGGCAAACCAAAGAUCCAGGUUCAGUACAAGGGGGAGACGAAGACCUUCGCCCCAGAGGAGAUCAGCUCGAUGGUCCUGACCAAGAUGAAGGAAAUUGCAGAGGCUUUCCUGGGCGCCACUGUCCGCGAUGCAGUCAUUACAGUCCCAGCCUAUUUCAAUGACUCCCAGCGUCAAGCUACGAAAGACGCAGGAGCUAUAGCGGGUCUCAAUGUGCUGCGCAUCAUCAAUGAGCCAACUGCUGCAGCGCUGGCAUAUGGUCUUGACAAGAACCUCAAAGGAGAGAAGAAUGUCCUUAUCUUCGACUUGGGUGGUGGAACCUUUGAUGUUUCCAUUCUGACCAUUGAUGAAGGGUCAUUGUUCGAAGUCAAGGCCACUGCGGGAGACACUCAUUUGGGAGGCGAAGACUUUGACAACAGACUCGUUAACCAUUUUGUGGAUGAGUUUAAGAGGAAGUACAAGAAGGACAUCACCAAGAACCCACGUGCCAUCCGCAGACUAAGGACAGCUGCAGAGAGGGCGAAGAGGACACUGUCGUCCAGCACGGAAGCCAGCUUGGAGAUUGAUGCCCUGUUCGAUGGUAUCGACUUCUACACCCGCAUUUCCAGGGCACGUUUCGAGGAGCUGUGCUCAGAUCUGUUCCGCAGCACUUUGCAACCUGUGGAGAAGGCUCUUGCUGAUGCCAAGAUGGACAAGAGCUCGAUUCACGAUGUAGUUUUGGUCGGAGGCUCGACUCGCAUCCCCAAGAUCCAGUCGCUACUGCAGAACUUCUUUGCCGGGAAGACUUUGAACCUGUCGAUAAACCCGGACGAGGCCGUGGCAUACGGUGCGGCCGUCCAGGCAGCCAUUUUGAGCGGAGACACCAGCUCCCAGAUCCAGGACGUGCUUCUGGUGGAUGUGGCUCCGCUGUCUCUGGGCAUAGAGACUGCCGGUGGAGUGAUGACCAAGAUCAUAGAGCGAAACAGCAGAAUUCCUUGCAAGCAAAACAAGACGUUCACCACGUAUGCAGACAACCAACCGGCUGUGACCAUCAAGGUGUACGAGGGAGAGCGGGCCAUGACCAAGGACAACAACUUGCUGGGGGUGUUCGACCUGACCGGCAUCCCACCAGCUCCACGCGGCAUCCCCAAGAUCGACGUGACCUUCGACCUGGACGCCAACGGCAUCCUGAACGUGACUGCGAAGGACGAGAGCUCGGGCCACUCGCGCAACAUCGUGAUAAAGAACGACAAGGGGCGGCUGUCGCAGGCGGAGAUAGAGCGCAUGUUGUCGGAGGCGGAGCGCUACAAGGAGGAGGACGACCGGCAGCGGGAGCGUGUGGCCGCCCGCAACGAGCUGGAGAGCUACUUGUUUAACGUGAAGCAGGCGGUGGAGGAGGCAGGGGCCCGCCUGCCGGACCAAGACAAGCAGCAGGUGAAGCAGGAGUGCGAGGACAUGAUACGCUGGAUGGACUGCAACACUCUGGCAGACAAGGAAGAGUACAAGGACAAGCUGCGGGAGCUCCAGCGCAAGUGCCAGCCCGUCAUGAUGAAGCUGCACGGGCAGUCCGGUGGCGACGCUGGGCAGGCCUAUGCCGGCUCGGGCCAGUCGGGUCCGUCGGGUCCCACUGUGGAGGAGGUAGACUAAUUAGUAGGUGGAUAUUUAUUUACCCCAUCUGUAAGACUGACAGUAGACUGAUAGGCUUAAGUUGUUCAUCCAAAUUACUUUUAAAUGUAUUGUAUACCCAGGUAUUUUGUCAGAUGAAAUCGUAUUAUUGGAGAGUGUUAGUUUAGAUAAAUGUUAGUUUGCUAGGUUUUCUAUCUGUUAUUUACUGUCCUUUAGUUUUGCUAAGUUUGUAGUCGAGCCUUUUGAUUAUUUGAGGCAUUGUUUAUUGUUGUAAAAGUAUUUUCUGUCUGAAAAUUAGUUUAGGAUGUAUUUGUGAAGUUCUGUUUUUUCCAGAUGAAUAUUGUAAUAUUGUUCUUAAAUAUGCUCAAUAAAUUGUAAAAAUAAA